GAAAACUUUUCUUGCCAUUUGCCGUUAAAAUGGAUCUAUUGACGUUCGUAUUGUUAUUUUUUGUCGCGAAUGCUUACGCGGUUAAGAAAAGGGACGUGGAUGUAGCCGACGUGAUCAAAGAUAAGAUGUUGGGCAUAGAGACGGUGCAUGACAUGAAGAUCGACAGAAAUACAAUUAUUUCACACAAUAAGGUCGAGCAACGGAAUCUGGCGAAAAAGGCCGAACAAAACAGGGACCCUGACUGGUCCUACAACGCGAUACCAUCAGUUCUCAGCAGCUACGUGACGGACUUCAAGAGGAACAUGAGCGAAUGCCUCAAAGAAAUCCAACAGAAGGACAAACGCAAAGUAAAACCAUUGUCUCCUAUCAAGGAUUCUCCUAUACACGGCGAGUGUCUGAUUGCGUGCGUGUUGAAACGCAAUGGUGUUAUUGAAAAUAAGAAAAUCCGUAAAGAGAACCUUAUAAGUUUAGUGAAGAAGUUUUUCGAAAAGGACCACACUAUGAUAAAGAAGCUUGAAAAAAAUCUGGAUCGUUGUAUUGAAAUAAGUGUACAGGCGGAGGAAGAAUGUGCGAUGGCAGCAAAACUUAACGACUGCACGAACGAUCUGAUGAUUCACAACAAGCGGAAAUUAACAAUUAAUUUCUGAUUUUAAACUUCAUUUUACAAGAAUAUUAAUAUAUACAUAGUACAAGUCAAAAUAAAAUAUAUGUUCUGUG